AUGUCCAGUAUAGAAUCAAAAAUUAAAAACAGAUCUGCAAAUUACAAACGUGGUAAAAACCGAGAUGUCAAUUUUCGAGACAUCAUGCGACAUAGGUAUAAAAGUAUCAUUAAGAACAAACGAGAGUCUCUUUUAGAAAAAGUUCGCAAUGUUGCGUAUGAAAUGCGAGAAAAUGAGGUCACUUCGUUUAUUGACAAGACAUGCAUAAAAAUUGAUGUGGAUGAAGAUGAUGGAUUUCAUUCUCUGGACGAAGAAGAUAAAAUAUUUGAUGAAAUUAAACAGGAAAUUUUAGAUGAAGAAAUGAAAUGGAUAUGUGAACAAGAUAUCGAUUAUAAUGUAUAUUUACAGCAUUUACACAAUAGUUCAAUUGAAUGUCCUGUCUGCCGCACAGGCAACCUCAUAAAAUCAACUGUCAAUACAAUUUCUUGUGAUGUAUGCCAUACAUCCAUUCAGACAUUCCUUGGAAUUGAUGCGUUAAAAAAUAAUAUGGAAAAUACAGUUGCUGAACAUUCAUCUGUUUGUCAGUCACCAAUUGAAUGUAUUGUUUUUCCGACACCUUAUGAUAAUUCUAUGUUUAUGUUAUGUAACAUCUGUCAGUUCCUUUUUCAGAUAUCAUAA